AUGCCUACCGUUCUCCAGACAGCGGGCGACAUGGUCGAUAAUCUUGGAAACAAGAUCCACUACACCACGAGAAGAGUGGGUGAUCAGAUCGAAACCACCACUAAUCAGGUCUUGCCGCCCAAGCAGCGCGAGCACAUGCUUGAAAGGGCUCGAGAAUACGCUCACCAGAAUCCGAAAGCAGCUGCCUUUCUUACCACCCAGGCCGCAUUGACUGGUCUUCCGCUCGUCCUCUUCCUCGCUUUCGCAACAAUCACCCUCCUUGUUUCCCUAUCCACCUGCCUCUUCCUCGGCCUGCUCGUUUCAAUCGCCAUAACCUUCUUCCUAGUCGGCUUUGCACUCCUCUUCGUCGUCCCCACCGUCAUCAUCGCCAGCUGCUCAGCGACCUUCAUCUUCAUCUGGGGCUUCGUAGGCUACAUCAUCCUACGCAGGUUCAAUGAGGGUGAGGAGCCAGCUAAGCUUGGCACGCGCGUUGGUGACAAGUUGCACAAGUUGACAGGCGGUAGAUCGGGAUAUUUCCAAGGCGAUCAGACAUCUUCGGAGAGCAGCCAUGACCGAAGCGGCAUGGGUUCUAGAGCGUCUACAAAGGGCCAUGAUGAUGGUGCUGGGCACGCACAUGGUGGUGUAUCGUCGCACACGCGUGAUGGCGGGCCUGUAAAUGGCGUGACUGGCACGCAGGGCACUGUUGAGUGGGAGAGGAAGUGGGAUGGUGUGAAGUCUGAGCCGGUCGUCUUGGAUACAGAAAACGUCUUUGAAGUCCUGAAAGCGGAAGCUCCAGUUGCUUAG